GUGGGUCUCCUGCAAUACAGCGAAGAGGCCGUCCACGUAUGGACGCUGAAGGACUUCCGCACGGCCGGAGAGGUCAUCGAGGCCGCCAAAAACAUCAGCCGGCAGGAAGGUCUCGAGACCCGGACCGCGGCCGCCAUCCACAAAGCCUGCACGGAGGCCUUCAGCCCCGAGCGUGGUGGUCGGGAGGGGGCCACGCGGCUGAUGAUCGUGGUCACGGACGGGGAAUCCCACGACAGCGAGGAACUCCCGGAAGCCCUGCGGGAAUGCCAGGAGCGCAACGUCACCCGAUACGCCAUCGCCGUCCUGGGCCAUUACAUCCGGCGGCAGAAGGACCCCAACGCCUUCAUCGACGAGAUCAAGUUCAUCGCCAGCGACCCCGACGAGAAGUUCUUCUUCAACGUCACCGACGAGGCCGCCCUCAACGACAUCGUGGACGCCCUCGGGGACCGCAUCUUCAGCCUAGAGGGGACACGGGAAUACAGUUCCUUUGAGCUGGAGAUGUCGCAGGUGGGCUUCUCCACGCACCUCUUAGAGGACGGGAUCCUAUUUGGGAUGGUGGGCGCCUACGACUGGGACGGAGCCGUCUUGCGCGAGAGUCCGAACGAGAGGCUCGUUCCGCCCCGAAAGGCCUUCGAAAGCGAGUUCCCGCUCAGGAUGAAAAACCACGCUGCCUACCUGGGGUACACGGUAUCGUCCAUCAAGCUGCGUGGCGGGAGGGCUCUCUUGGUGGCCGGCGCUCCCCGCUUCAAGCACAAGGGCAAGGUCAUCCUCUUCGAGAUGGGCAGCCGCGGCGCGGACACCCUGCGCAUCACCCAAGCCCUGACCGGCGAACAGAUCGGGGGCUACUUUGGGAGCGAAGUCUGCCCGGUGGAUGUGGAUGGGGACGGGGUGACGGACGUCCUGCUGGUGGCCGCCCCCAUGUACCUGGGGGCCCAGAACAAAGAGACCGGCCGCGUCUACGUCUACCGAGUGGGGCAAUCGCUGCUGUCCGCGAAUGGGACGCUGGAGUCCGACCCGAAGCCUCAGGACGCCCGCUUUGGCUUUGCGCUGCUGGCCUUGCCGGACCUCAACCAGGACGGGUACAACGAUGUGGCGGUGGGCGCGCCGCUCGAGGAUGGACACCAGGGGGCGGUCUACCUCUACCACGGGCAGCGCAACACCCUCCGGCCACAGUACACACAGCGUAUUGAGGCGGCCUCCUUCCGCCUGGGCUUGGGCUACUUUGGCCGCAGCCUGGACGGUCAGAUCGACCUGGACGGGGACGGAUUGGUGGACCUGGCCGUCGGGGCGCAAGGGGCAGCCGUCCUCCUCAGGUCGCGGAAGGUCGUGCAGGUGGAGGCUUCAAUCUCGGCCAACCCGCCGGCCAUCAACGUCGUCCAGAAGAAUUGCCAUCGUAACGGGAAGGAGUCCGUCUGCGUCUCGGCCAACCUCUGCUUCCGGGCCUCAUCAUCCUACUCAUCAUCUUCCUCCUCCUCACGCUCCAGUCCCUUCAGCAUCAAGUACAACGUCUCGCUGGACGACCGGAAGUUCGGGACGCGGGCCAUUUUCGACAGCAACGGCCAGAAGCGCAUCCAGAAGCGCAUUCGGGCCACCACUGGCCGGACGGCCUGCGCCAGCGCACGCUUCCACGUCAUUGAUACUUCGGACUACUUGCGCCCGGUGUCGGUGCUGCUGACGUUUGCCUUGAGCGACACGGAACCCGGACCUGUUUUGGAUGAGAAGUCGCCCACUGUCAUUAAGAAAUUGAUCCCCUUCUUCAAGGACUGUGGUGAGGACGACGAGUGCGUCACCGACUUGGCACUGCGAGUGCGGAUGGACAUCGCUGGAUCCAGGCAGAGCCCGCACGUGGUGCGCAAGGGCCGGCGCAAGGCCGUGGUGGAGGUCCUUCUAGAGAACAAGAAGGAGAACGCCUACAACGCCAGCCUCGCGCUCUGGUUCUCCAGGAACCUCCACUUCUCCAGCUUAGUCCUCAAGGGAGAGAACCCAGUGAAGGUCGAAUGCACGGUUCCGUCGUCGCAGACCCGGUCCUGCAGCGUGGGGUUCCCCGUGUUCCGUUCGUCGGCCAAAGUGGCAUUUGCCCUCGAAUUCGAAUUCAGCUGCUCCUCCCUUCUGAACCGAGCCUUGGUGAAGCUCACGGCAAACAGCGACAGCCUGGAGUUGAACGAGACCCUUGCGGACAACACGGCGCAAGUUGUGGCUUCCGUUCGCUACGAGCCGGACCUUUUCCUAACGAGCGACACUACGCUCAACCGCUACGAAGUCCACCCGGUCGGGACUUUUCCCAAUGGCAUGCGUCCCGAGUUCAGGACCACCGUCAAGGUACAAAAUCUGGGCUGCUACGCCGUGGGCAACCUCUCCCUCUCCAUGGAGCUCCCGGCGACGGCGUUCGGGGAUAGCGUGUUCCUCUCCGUCACACGUGUUUGGGCCGACAAUGUGACCUGUAGUGUCCAAAACGCAUCCGAAUCGGCGCAAAGAGCGCCCGGCGACGUGGUCCCCGUUCAUUCCGAAGAUCUUCUGCACAUCGAGAAACUGAAUUGCACCAAUGCCGGUUGCCAGCGGGUCAAGUGCGACCUCUCCAACCUUGAGCGGAAUUCGGAGGUUUCCGUCCACGUGCUGAGAGCCAUCCACAACGAGUUUUUCCGGAAGGCCAAGUUCAAGACGGUGAAAAUCGUCAGCAGAUUCAUAUUGACCGCCGAAGAGAAUGAUUUGCUGCUUUUGCCGAAAGACGCCCAUCGACGGGAGACGGUGCUGGAGGUCAUUCAGUCCAAAGUGGUUCCCCUUUCCCUCUGGAUCCUGAUUGGAAGCAUCAUCGGCGGACUCUUGCUCUUAGCACUGAUCAUCAUCUGUUUAUGGAAGCUUGGAUUUUUUGCACACAAAAAACCCGGGGAAGAGGAGAACGAGGAAGAAUAGCGGCGGAUGAGAGCGAAGACUUUUCUGUCCAUGUACGAGCGGAAACCUGAACGACGGCCCUCUUUCGAUCCCAUUCUCGAGGCGUUCCUUCCCCCAGUUCCGAUGCUUUCGGAAAGAUACGAAAAUUGGGCCGAAUCCCAGUUUGUACAAAUAGAACCUUUUGAAAAAUGAUUUGAAAACUUGAUUUCUGCUUGAAUUGUUUGCAAGAAGGACGAACAAAACGAGGGCUCGUCGAGGGUCGCUCUCGACCAAAACAUCCUUAUAUCAAACGUUAUUUUUUAAUGAGAACGAUAAGAUUACAAUCCAA